AUGAUCUGUACAUUAACCCCAAUCAACCUCUACAACCCUUCGGAAUAUGCCACCCUCCAACACCAACGCCGCAUCUGCGGCUGGGACUACAGCGACGAGAGCAUACUGGCUUGGCGUGAGAAACAAGACGCUGACUUGAAAACAUUCUUCUGGAUUAUCCUCCCGAGCAAGAGUGGUGACGAACCCAUCCGCGCCGGCCACAUCUCGCUCGACGCAUACACAUCUCCUCCCGACCCAGGACUUGCGCAAGCUGAUCACUCAGUCUUGACCAUUCAAUCUUUCUUCAUUCUGCCAGAAUAUCGGGCUGGAGGUGUCGGUCGUCGAGCUAUGCAGUUGGUGGAGGAAAUGGCGGUGAACGACCCCCGGUGUUCUACUGUUACUGUCAAUGCAUUGAGCAAAGAGUACCUUGAAAAUGAGGAGAAGCGCGCAUUCCUUAAAUCGAUGAACGCAGUACCGGAGUUUGCGGCGGUGUUGUGGUAUGAGAGACUCGGAUAUGUGAGGUGGAAGACGGAGCCAAGAUAUCCGUAUCAGUUGCCUCAGGGAGGAGAUGGUAUGUACGAGGCAGACUUUUUGAGGAAGAGGUUGCGGUAG